UUAGUAUUGAUAUGUGGUCGCUAGAUGGCAGUAGAGCUUUCCAGGAUUGCUUGGAGUGAUUUCUUUCUACAACGUCGAAUGUCGGCGGAAAUACACGAGUUGUAUCGAAGCUGCAGCAACUAAGCGCUAUCUGGUGAGCGUUUGGUUUAACUUCCUGUACAGCGGUAUGAGGGGUACUAACGAAGUGUGAAGAAUCUAUAAUGCUCCCAUACAGUGUUUUUCUUGCGUCUACGGCCCUGUCGUUGAGGUUUCCAAGUUUGAUUAUGGUUGUGUGAAGACUACAGAAGGUUCCUAUUGUGUAUUGUGUUGUUAUUGUAAACGCAGUACGGGUUUUAGUUCUCUGCACUGCCCGAUGUGGGGAAAGUACAUAAUAGUAGUAGCGUUUCUCGGAUACGCUACUUCGGCAAAUGUCACAUCGGGAGCACCUGCAGAUGGUGUUCCACGCCUUGACCUGCCCAACUUGGAAAGCGGCUACCAUGGUUUAGUUAAAGAAAAUGAAACCAUUGUUGAAGUGAGGCCAAAAAUUAGGGCUGUUGGUGCGGAGAUUUGCAGCUUUAGAAUUGUCAAUAAACAUCAUGGUGAAGCUCCAUUUGAAAUAAUACUAAAAGAUAAAGAUGAAACAAAAACUGAAGCAGAAGCAAUACUCAGGGCACGAAAAGCUCUUAAUUGUGAAAAACGUAAAAAUUACAAAUUUGAUAUAUCUGCAGUUAGCUGUGCUGGUGAUGUGUCUGAUAAUGCAACAGUGCAUAUCACAGUCGUGGAUAUUAAUGAAUAUCCACCGACCUUUCUUGAUCCAUCAUACGUACACCAAGUGGACGAAGGACGUCUUUAUGAGGAAAUUAUUCGUGUGGAAGCCACUGAUAGAGAUUGCACGCCAAAGUAUGGAGAUGUUUGUAAAUAUGAAAUCUUGACCAGCGAUCAGCCAUUUACCAUUGAUAAUGAAGGAGCUAUUCGUAAUACUGAACCUUUGGAUUAUGAGAGGAGCCACAAUCACAUUCUCUCUGUAGUGGCUUAUGAUUGUGGAAUGAAGCAGUCUGUGCCUGUUAUGGUGACUAUUAGAGUGAAUAGAGUCUGUAAACUGGGCUGGAAAGGUAUACCUGAAAGAAUUGACUAUGCCCCGGGGACAGGAAGAGAAGAUUUAUUUCCUGAUGCUGAAUUGGAAUUGUGCGAUGUUCCGUGUUCUGUUCGUACAAUUGAGACCAAAUUAAGUCUUGCCACCUCACAUAUUGGGAAAGGAUGUGACAGAGAUACAUAUUCUGUCCAAAGCCAACGAAAACUCUGUGGUGCAAGUAUGGAUAGUGUUGAUCUUCUACCCAGUCCUGGCAUUGGUUCAGAGUGGACUAAGUCUCUUCCAACUGACGAAGGACAUGAAUCAGAUCAAAUUUUUGAAUUUGAUGGAGAAAGUUCAGCAGUGGCUAUACCAUCUGAUGUUUUGGACCAUAACCUGGCUACCACUUUCACUAUUGCAACAUGGAUGAAACAUAAACAAAAUCCUGACCAGGAUAAACAUGUUAAGGAACACAUUCUUUGCUCUGCUGAUGAUCAUAAAAUGAAUCGACACCACUAUGCUUUAUUUGUACGAAACUGUCGUUUAAUACUUCUUUUGCGAAGAGACUUCUCAGAAGGUGAUUUAAAUAUAUUUAGACCAGCUGAAUGGCGAUGGAAAUUACCACAAGUUUGCGAUAACGAAUGGCAUCAUUAUGCAGUUUCUGUCAAAUUUCCUGAGGUUAUAUUGUAUAUUGAUGGCCAGUUAUUUAAAGCUGAAAAGAAGAAUCCUGAAAUUAUUGAUGAUUGGCCUCUCCAUCCCACAAAGGGAAUUAAUACCACUCUUACUGUGGGAGCGUGUUGGCAAGGAUCUGAUAACAAAAUGAGACACCAUUUCCGAGGUUAUUUGGCUGGCCUUUCAGUUUUACUUCACAAGACUGAAAAACCAGAAGUGCUUAGCUGCCUUCACAAAUGCAAAGAAAGUUUAGAAGUUCCAGCUAUGGAGCUUCUGGAACCAGGAAUGGAGCUUCUUACUAACAGUGUUGGCUACAUGAAUACUCGUCAGUUUCCUACAGCAGGAAGACGUAAUUUGCACCUCUCUACUACUGUAACAUGUGAAAGAGGCCGUCCAGUUAAAGUACCUAGUGUGGAAAGUUAUAUAAUGGUUUUGCAACCCCAGCAGCCGACAAUAGACAUCAAUGGCACAGGAAACGUGGCCCGAGAAUAUGAUGAUUUUCGCUUAGGAGUGAGGGUUUUUACUGAUGUACAUAUUACUGUUGGUCAAGUUAAAGGACAAAAACAGUGGAAGCAUGGUGAGCCAAUUAGUGUCAUUGAGAAGAAAUUAGAUUCAUGUACUGUGUCAGUGUAUCCUCCUCUCAAUCCUGACCAUGAAACGGUUACCCUACCUGAAAGUAUGUUAAUAAAAUUUGGUAUCGUUGCAAAGGUGAAUAAAGAUGGUGUUGUGGUUUCUGGAGCAGAUAUGAUUUACAACUAUGAACAGGUUUUGAGGCAGAUACAGUAUACAAAUAGGAAACCAGCAUAUUAUCUUAAUAGAGUUUUUAAGCUAACUUGUUCUGAAUUGAAUGGACGCUUUAUGAGCAAUGAAUACAUUCAAACUCUUACAGUGAUCCACCCUCGCUUGCCUGCAAGUAAAAAGAAUAUGGAUAAUGUGCAACCUACAGCAUCAUCAGUUACCAGUUCUGUUGACACAUACGCCAAAAAAUCUGGAGAUCAUCAUGUAGUUUCUGAAGGCACUCAAUCACAACCAUCUCCAGCACAUGCUCGUGUUGAUCGACAUCAUGCUGACUUGAGACCAGCUCAAACAAUGGGAGAUGUGUACAUAUCUAAUGGCCUUGACAAUGCUCAAGGUGUAGUGGCUGGUGGUAGUCAUGCUGUGACAAUCAUCAUAGUAGUUUGUGUUGGGUUUCUAUUAUUUAUGAUAAUUCUUGGUGUGAUACGUAUUCGUGCUGCUCACCAUCGUGCUACUCAGGAAGAGAUAGCAGAUACCGAAAUGGCUUGGGAUGACUCAGCCCUUACUAUUACUGUAAAUCCUAUGGAGCAAUUGGAUGGGUCUACUCAACCAUCUCGGCCUGGAAACAAUGGUGGAAACAAUGUAGGCUGUGAUGAAGAUGAUUCUUCUGAUGAUGGUUCAAGUUAUCGAGAUGAUGAUUUGGAUUCAUCUGAUGAAGAAGAGGAGGAAGGAGGAGAUGGUGGAAAGAAUCUUGAGUGGGACAACUCAACACUUGCCAUUUAGAACUUCAACUGUAAUAUUGUCACUGAUAAUCCAAUACAUCGUUCUACGGAAGUGACAGGAAUCUGUUGUGUGACAAGCAGUAUCCCUGAAAGUCAUCCGUUACUACCAGGUAAUACAAGAAGAGAGGCAUGAGAAUUUUGAAUUUUGGCCACUGUCAUAAAAUCUAGUCUCAAAAAUGUCAUGUUGUAUUCUGCCAGAACUAUCUGUGGGAAUAUGACUACUAACAGUAAGCGAAGAGAUUCAUUCAUUGUACUGUGGACUUUCGCAGACCUGAAUAGGUGUAUCAGAAAUACACCUUUCAUUAUUAUCCAGUGUAUCUCAAAACCAUGAUAGUAAUAUUUCGUCCCUUUCACUAUGAAGUACAUAUCAUACUAUUUGGUUGACAUCGCAGCACAACUUUUUGAGAUCUGUAGAUUUUUCCGUUAUUGAGGCGUAGAAGUAUUCAAUGUGUGUUGUGUAUUUUCAUUUAAAUAAGUUGGAGAAGACCUGGUAUUCGCAGACUUCAAGUUUGACAAAGUGCUACUCUUUAUGUGGGGACUACACUGCAUUGCAAGAUGAAUGAAGAGUGAACCCCUAUGUACAUCCUUGAAAUAUCAAAUUGUAUGGCCCUCUGUUGGUCCAGUUUUGAUUUAUUUUGACUUUGCUAUUUGUCCAUUAGAUAUCGUGUAAUUUUUUUCUUUGUGAAUAUUGCAAAGUGAGAAAUCCUGUACUGUGUGCAUUAUAACUGUAUGUGUGAAUGCUUCCACAUACAUGAUAUACAAACUGCAUUUCUUGCAAGACUGCAGCAAAUAUAAAUAAUAUAUCCUUGUGCAUGUCAUUCCAAUGGAUAAGUCCUUGAACUUCAUUUAUUGUUGAUGGCACUGUUGGCUUUUCUUUUAGUGCGAAUGACCAGUGAGAAAAUUAUUCAACCUAUUUUAUAAGUUAGUGUGCAUUACAUUUUCAUAUAAACAGAUGAAGUGCAGCUUUGUGAAUUAGGACAUCAUUUUUCAUGUACAGUAUUACAUUUAGUAUGAUUCUCUAAUUUUUGUGAUACUGAUUGAUUUCUCGAAUUAACGACUGAUACAUUGUGCACAAAAGGCAGUUAAAAUUUAAGUACAGGCAGCUUCAUGUACAUGAAGUACCUAUUAUAGCCCAAAAUAUUUUCUGUUGUAAAUUAUAUUUUGUAUUGUACAUUUGGAGGGUAUUCUGUUGUUAGUAAAUGCCCAUUAGUGCCAUAUGAAGCGUCCAAUUAUUUUAAUAACUUACUGAAAUUAAUUUCAUUUUUUACUAUAUCAGUAGUAAUAUUAAUAAUAAUGAUAUAUUCUUAUAUUUGCUUAAAAGACUAAUUAUUUUCUUACACAUGAACCUAAUUUAAUCUAUAAAUUUUAAUUUCAUUUUUGUUUUAUACGGUGCAGGUGAUUUCUAUUACAUUUAUGCUUCAGCACAUGAGUGUAUUAGUUAAAUAUACAUUUAGAUGACAUAAAAGUCUACGAAAUAAUACAUUAAUUUUUUCUUUCUUUUGUAGUUUGUGCCAUAUAGUAUUUGUUUUAAGCUAUUUACAAAACAGAUUUUGUAUUAAGGGGGGGGAAACUAACAAAAGGAUUAAGAUGCUAUCAUAGCACGAUGAAGUUAAAGUGUACAUUAAGUAUUGUGGUUGAUGUUAAGCACCAAGAAACGGGUGGAAAAUGGCCUCUAGGUAAAUAGUGACAGCAUAAACAUUCCAACUCAUAAAAUUUAAAUAGGCAGGUAUUGGGGCUCUGGUCAAGCUUUCACUUGUUUGCUACAUGGUAAUGCCACACAUCUUGUCACUUUCCAUUGAAAUUUUCACAUUGUAGAAUGCAAUGAUCUCAAUGUGACCAUUCAUUUCUACUUUGAUGUUGUUGUAGCAUUCCUGGGGCUUCCCAUUAUCUUAUUUCCUCUAAACUUGAUUCGUAAAGUAUCACAAAAGCAAUAUAAAUUUGUUGUCGUGCAUUACAGUUAAUUACUUUUAUCUACACAAAAAAACAACAAAUAUUUCUGAUAAUAGAGUAUUCUAGUCUCUUAUCAGAAUGUUACAAGGUAUGAGCUAAUUUUGUCCAUGUUUUUAUCUAUAUAUUGGAUCAAGAAGAAAUAACAAUGCAUGGGACCACUUCUUUAAUAUAGUGCAUCUAUUUUUAGGUGUAGUUGAUCUUUUGUUAAGCUUAGAUACUUCUAUUUGGAUUUACAUGUAAAACAAAAGAUCUAAAAGGGGAUUUUUAGGUUUAAUGUGCCACAGGCAGAUUUUCUUUCGCCCUUGAGAAUUUACCCAGAGAAUUUCCCUUCUGCUAUGGAUGGAUAGAACAAUCGUUAGGUACUUGUGUGUGAAAGCAUCUUCAGAUAUAAAAUGGAGAACCAGAAGAGGCCUUCAUGUGCAUGCAGUGAUUUUCAUACACUAUUGCAAAUCUUUUUAGUUGUUAAUCACCCACAUUUUGGUUUUGCAAUUAGAUUUAACACUUUGUUAACACAGGUAAAUGCAUAUAUCCUUAAUGUUAUAUAAAAAUGUAACUUCUCUAUCUCAUGUUCAUUAUAACUGUGGUGUACCAUGUACAGAAUAUUAGAUUGUUGGCAACCUAGAAUAUGGAGUGGGUGUCUUAUAGCUUUAAAAUUUUAGAGAUCUGUAUUCAGUGUAAUUACUUUUGAAUGGGAUGCUUACAUGUAAUGUGCAGCCAGUAUUUCCUUGUUAAUAAAUAUUGUAUUUUGAUUCAGUUUUGACUGAUAAUGGAUGUUAACACAUCCAUUGUCCAUUUCCAUUUAUAUUCAAAAUGCUAUCGAAGUGAAUAAAAGCUAUGAGCAGUAUUAAUAUAAUUGUGUGUAACCAGAGUAUCAUUGGGUCAUUUGAUUGGCCAUAGAAGUGUAACCUAAUAGAACCCAUUAAUUUUCCAUUUACAGCCUUUUUUCUCCUUUACCAGUCUAAAAGGACACUGAGCACAAGAUAUUAAUGCAAUUAAUCAUUUAUAAUAUUAGAUUUUUCUUAACUUUGUUUUUGAGAAACUUCUACACAUCACUAGUAUUUAUAUAAAAUUUUCCUUCUAAUUUCUGUAUAAGUAACCUGAAUAAAUAAAAAUUAAUCCUUUAAAACAAAAAUAAUCUUAUCAAAAGUAUGAAUAUUUAUUUCUCUGCAGUCUUACAUUCAAGCCUGGAUGAUAAAUUUUUUCAGGAUAGUUUAUUUCCAUUUUUGUCUUACCUGAUUAAGGGAAAGUAUUGAAUUAUCUUAGACAGCAUUCAUAUAUUUUUAGGAUUUGUUUAAUUCUCCAGUGUUAAUUGAAAGUGGAACUUAAUGUGAAUUUUAUGGGUAAACUAAUAAAUUGAGACCACAUUAUAGUUUGAACAACCUGUGCCAGUGUCUAUUUCUUGUGUUUAGUAAGUAAUUUUUGCUGAGUCUUUCCUUUUUUAAAAAAAUAUUUUUAUAAUACCCCUCAUUACAGUAUGCAUUUGUAUUCCUCUUAUCUUCAUUUAUCUGUUGGAGAUUUUUUAAAAAUUUCUAUGUUCAUUUCUUUAGCAGUUCUAGUAUUAUAUUGUCUUUUUUGUGGCAAAACAAUAAUAUUGUAUAUUCAAUCAUUAUUAAAUGGAAAAUCUAUUAAUAUUUUGGAUUAUUUUUAUGUAUAUAGUUGCAUUUCUUCACCGUUCAUAAAAUUCAUUGUGAUUGCAAACAGAAUAAAUAUUAUGCAUAUCAUGUACGUGCAAGUUUCCAUGUGUCCAACUGAAAAGAUAAUUUCACAUGUCUUUAUAAAGCAAUAUGUACAUACUGUAUUUUGGCUAUGUUGUGAAGAAUACACUGGUGGUAGUUAAUUGACUAAUGGUAGUUGUCUGAGCAAUGUGUUGUAUUAGCACUGCAUCAAGUGCUAUUCCUUUUGAUUAUUGUGUUAGUUAAGGGUAUUAAAUGUACAUAUGGAAGCUGCUUCAGAUCUUGUUUGAAGGUUGAAUUUGUUUAAAAUAUUGUGUUGAAGUUUUAAAAGCACAUUUUCUGUUGAUAUAUGUGUAUUGUUGUGAAAAGUAUAUUUUUCUUUUUCAUUACUAUUUAAUACACUAUGAAAAUAAGACUGUACUUAGUCUGCAUUUUCAAUUUCAUCAAACAAUUCCAUGUUAUCUUUAAUGAUACGUGUAAGACUCUGUUACUUUUAAUUAAAGAUAAGAAGCUAAUGCAAAAGUGCAAGGUGCUUAUUGUGGGGAAGGGACAGGAUAUAUUUCAAAUGUGGUUGUACAGUGCUAUUUGAGAAAAUAGGUUGCUUUAAAACCAGUUCCCGUUUUAGUUAGUAUUCUUUAGGCUUACCAGAAGUUCAUAAUACGCUUAGGAAUUUAAAAGUUAUAUAAUAUGCAUAUAUAAUACUAACAAACUGUGCACAUUGAUAACACACAAUUAAAUAACUUCAAUGAAAUCUUUAAAAAAAAAAAAAGUAGAAUCAUGUUAGUGUGUAAUGUUCACCUGGGAAGACACAUUAAUUCUUUAUGCAUAACCUCUGUGUAUUUACUAUGGCUUGUGGAUAAAAUUACCUGUUCUUCAGUAGACUAGGUUGGGAAUGCUCAAAACGUACAGAUAUAUUUAUUGACAUAGACAAUGACAUGACUGUUACAUUCUUUGAGAAGGUUAAAAGGAGAAAAGGGAUAAUGAUGCUACUUAAAAUUGUAUAUUUUAUAUUAAAAGUGGUGCCAGUUAAAACGGAAUUUGAAGCAUUUCCAGCUUAGAUAGCUGAAAGCUGCUUUGUUGGAAAAUGUUCAUGCCAUAUGUUUAUGGUAUAGAAUAACUAAACAUUUUAAAUUUGUUUUAUUGACAUUCCAUAUUUGCAUAUGUAUACAUGGCUUGUAUGUUAUAGUUAUGUUUUGUUAUAUAGGAUAUCUUUGACUUAUUCUUAAUUAUGCUUGCAUUACCAUAUAAACAUUUAGUGAUAUAAUGGUGAUUGUGAGAGUAGUUUGUAGGAUGGUUUCUUUUCUUCACAACUGUCAGAUCAAAAUGUACCACCUCAGAGAAUGAAAGAAUUGGCUGCCAUUUGAAAUGCAAUGUAUAGUUUUUCUGUACACCAUGCAUAAAUCAGUGAGUUGAUGUUUCGACAGUUGGGGGUGAAAGUAAUUAUCAACCCCAUUGAUGUACUUAAAAAACAUAUAGCUUUUAGUUUUUGGUACUGUUUUCAAGAGUGUAUGAACAUAUGCAAGUGUAGGUGAGGAAAGUACUGAGAUUGUGUAAGAAAACUCAGGAAAAUGAAUGCUGAUGAUUCAAGGUUGUUUAGAAUAAUUGCCAAGAAAGCAUUCUUCAGAAUAAAAUGAAGCUUCCCCCUUCCCCAGAGGUUUCCAGAGAAAAUGAACUUUGCUGUAAAAAAAAAAGUAUAGAAAAUAACGGGUGUAGGAUCCUUUCUUCGAACAUCUGAAUAAGCCUCUGAAAUCUUUUGAAAUCAUGUUGUUGUAGAUUUACAUGAAAUGUACUAGUACAUUUCUGCAGAAGAUUGGUUAUGACUUAGUAAUUUGUACAGAGAAAAAAGAAUUUGGUGUUGUGAUUUUCUGUCAUGAAGUAACUCUUUAAUACUGUAACUUCUUAUUUUAAUAAAGCCCUACACCCAAAAUAAAACCAGUGGUCACCUUUUUCCCCAUCACCUUGUGUUUUUUUUUUAAUUAAAAUAAAUUUUCCAAAUGCAUGUGCAGUAAUCAUAGUUAAAGUAAAUUUUAACAUACGGUUAUCUGUUAAUUACAGGACUUUAUACAGCUUGGAAAAGGAAGAGGGAAUAAUUCAAUGAAAAAGUAGCAUUAAUGUUAACUGGAACCAUGUGAAAAUUCUCCAAUGUGUUAAAAUCAUUGUUUUAAAAGUAUAAAAAGCUGGAACUUAACUUCUAAUGGGCAACCUCUUAACUGCUUUUCAACAUUACGGAUCUGGUUCUGUGCGUGUAUAAAUAUUGUAAUAUUGCUAAGCGUGAUAUUUAAUUACUCUUAUGACAAUGCAUGAAAUUGAAUUUGAUCACUCGUGCAAUUUGAGGCAUGUUACCCAUGCAGUUCUGUCACUGUGGCAUAUCCAAUGGACCUAUGAUAAUUUUAUUGAAAUUGAUAUGUUUUAAUAUACUGCUUAAAUGAUUAUUUGUAAUUUUAUUAUACAUAAAAUAAUCUUACUAAAUGCAUGGGAAAUUUUCAUAUAAACCCAAACCAAUUUCUCUGCACUUGUGGGAUUGUAUUUAAAAAUAAAACUCACUUUAAUUUUA